AUGAUGACUAUUAGUGAAAGUCAGUUUUCUUCCAACAAAAUGUCGAGUAUCCACAAAAUCAACGACCGAGUUGUCCACAAAGAUGCCUUCGACGACGUCAAAAGCUCGUCCAGCGUUAACAGCACUCUGGUCACGAAGCGUGGAUUUAAGCCGUCAGACAUGUUCGAUCCUCAAAAGAAGGAAUUCCUUACGAAUCUCAGUUAUAAGUUGUUCCCUGUAAGUUGGGAUGAUUUGGACACCAAACCGAUCAUCGUAGGGAACAAGGAAGUGGACUUCAACAAGAUAUUCACACCGGCGCCGGAUGCUGAGGAAAACAUCAUUAAAAAGGAUCGAAAAUUUGAAAAAACCUUCGCCUCAUCAGCCUUCUACGUGCCCGGUGUCCACCCGACGGUGAAAGAGCAGAUGGAUCUCGCCCGCGCCAUCUCCAAGUCCUUGUCUGACUCCAGCAACCACAUGUCCAAGGGGCAAAGCAUGUACGUCAAUAGGAAGAAGCGAUCUGUGAAAUGGGUUCAUGAAGGACGAGGGAGGAACACAUCCAACACCUCCUCAAUUCCAACACCGGUCGCCAACCACGACACGCCGUACCGCCCGCCAUCUAGUCUCCGCAACCAGAAAACUUAUCCUAAAUCGGCGUUGAAACACACAUCAAAUAUUCCUAAAAUGGAGCCCUUCCCCGUCACCGCACCGACAAUAUCAUUGAAGAACGUGGAAAUUCCAGUGCCUCUGGCCCCAACGAAGUUGAAUGAUGUCUAUGCGUCUCCAAAAAGCCCCCGUCUUCCGCUAGUCUGUGGCCCGAACUUUAAUGUAGCACCUCGCGGUUGGGGCGAAAUGCAAGAUUAUUACAGACCGGUGACACUAGAUGGCGUGGGACAAACACCUCGCGGAUACACAGAUUAUUAA